GGUUCGUUAAGUUGACGAGAUGAAAUUUUCUCAGGUUUCAGUUUUAAAUGGAGCAUCGAUAUCAUGGAAAAUGUUUCUGAUGAUCGAAGAGGCGAAGAUUUCUCGAACGAUGAUGAUGAUGAAAAUAAUACUCAACAUCUUCACCAGUUACAGAGCCGAAAUGAUUCUCUUCUCGCAGAGCUGGAAACGCUUUGGGUUUCUUACCAGGAUCUUCAAUCGAGAUCCAUGGCCAGGGAGGAUAGUUUCAUCCUCCUACAGCAGCAGAAAGACGAAGCUCUUAAUCGGAAUUUAGAUCUCGUCAAAUCUGUUGAAGAUAUCACUAAUGAAAGAGAUGCUCUGCGGGACGAGCUUCAUGGACUGGAGGUUGCGGCAAAAGAACGUGAGGAUGAUUUGAUGAGGCAGCGAGACGAGGAACUGAAGGAGAAAUUGGAUUUUCGUAGUGAAGCUGAAGCUUCUCUAGAGAAGAUCUCAGGGUUACUGGAGGAGAGGACUAAGAGAAUUAAGGUUUUCGUUUGCAGUUUGGAUUUGCUUCGGUCGAUGAAAGAGUGUUUGGGGAAGAUCAUAGACAGAGUUAUUGAAGACAAGUCGAGUAGUUUAAUAGAAGAAGAUGAGCAUACUAAAGACGAGUUUGAUUUUGAUGAAGAAUCGAAGGAAUUCUUAUCAGAGAUGACGGGUGUUCAUAAACUCACGACAGCAUUAGAAUCACGGUUAACGGAGUACGAAGAGCUGAGAAGGAAGGAGAAAAGAGAAUUGGAGAAUAGUGUGGUAAGUUUGACGGAAGAGAACAGAGACAUAAAUAGCUUGCUGAGGAUUGCUUUAGUAGAGAAGGAAGCAGUGGAAAGGGCUCUUAGUAAACUGAAGGGAACUGGUGAACACAAGAGAGUGGCAAUUCUGCAGAUUGCAGAGAAAGGGUUGCAGAAGGUUGGGUUCGGAUUCAUGAUGGGCGCUUCAGCUGGUGACUCAACAGAUAAUUCAAGUUCUAAUUCAUGCAAUAAAUCAGAAAGUAGUGACUGCGACCAGGAGGUUGUUAGUCUGGCCUCAACUGUAGAGAAGAUAAUGAAGAAUUUGCGUCUUGAAAUCACUCAAUUAAAGACAUCUUUGGAUGAAUCUAGGUCAGACACUGAGCGUCUACAAAGUCUUACAGAGAAACAAGCUCAGAAAAUUGCAGAAAGUGCACUAUACAUAAAGGAGUUGGAAGAGAGAGAGAGUAUGCUAGCUCAAAAUGUUGAAGAGCUCAUGAUGGAAAUAACAACAGCUGAAGAAGAAAUUGCUAGAUGGAGGGAAGCUUGUGAAUUGGAAGUAGAAGCUGGAAAGAAUGCGAUUGAAGAACGUGACAGAGAGGUGGCACGUCUGACAGAAGAGUUAGAGAAGAUGGAAGCUUCUCUGGAUUUGUCAAACAGCAAAUUGAAACUGAAAGCAGAACUCGCAGCCACAGCCAUGGCUGCCCAAGCAGCAGCCGAGAGGUCUCUGCAGCUGGCUGACAGCAGAGCUGCAGGAUUGCAUGAGCGGAUUGAGGAGCUGACUAGGCAAUUGGAUGAAGCUGACCGUAGAGGUGAACAAAAUAGCCGCCACAGAGUGAGGCACAUCUGUUGGCCAUGGCAUGCCUUCAGAGUGAAUUCUGCCGGUAUGAGGGGCCGGAAUGUAAAACGGAUGCUACCAGAGAUGGAGGCCUUGAUGCAUUUCGGCGCUUGACUUUAUUGUUCCAUCUCUUGGUUCCAUAUUUUUUUCAUGUGUUUGGUUAUUUUCUUGGGUUAUUCAUGUACAGCUUUGUAUCCUUUAUUUUUCCUUUCUCUUUCACUUCAUGGUUCAACUCAAUAGAGCUAUGACUGAAGAGAACUUGACUGUUUUGAAUACCUUGUAAGGAAUGGGUAGAAUUACCA